AUGGACAAAUCACUUAACUUGCUAUGGAAUGUGAAUUAUGCUGAUGAACUGGUGAAGUUUCGGAUACAAGGAAAACUGCGACCAAACGAAUGGUUGUCGUUCGGGUUUUCUGAUUACGGAGAAUGUGAGAAUGCUGAUAUGGUUUUGUUUUGGAAGGACUUAUUUGGUAAUACAAUGUUCAAAGACGCCCAUACAGACAAUAAAGGAUACAUACACAUUGACCAAAACCAAAACUACGUCCGGACUCGUACUGUAAAGUGGAAAUAUAACAGAUUUACGCUAGAAUUCAUUAGGAAGUUCGAUACAUGUGACGGAGACGAUUACAAGCUAGACAAUGGAACGACACACAUUAUAUUUUUCACUGGCUACGGAUAUCCCAAACGGAUCAACACUUUAGAGAAUAAGAAAGGCUUGCAAAGAGUUCAAAUUUUAAAACCAGAUAUUCCAGAUGUGAACAUGCCAGACGACACAUCGGUAAUUGACGUCACGAACCAAGAGAUAACAGUUCCAUCAACUGAUACUACUUACUGGUGGUAUCUAACGAAGUUACCAGAUUUCAAACGGAAACAUCAUAUCAUCAAGUAUGAAGGGAUCAUCGAAAAAGGCCACGAACAUCUUGUUCACCACAUGGAACUAUUUCAUUGUGAAGCCGGACCAAACGAAGUUGUACCAUCAUAUAAUGGUCCUGGUUUAGCGGAAGGAAAACCACCAGGGUUGUCAAUCUGUCGUAAAGUCAUUGGCGCAUGGGCAAUGGGCGCAUCAUCUGUUACAUUACCAGAGGAAGCUGGAACACCAGUAGGCGGUGAUGGUUGGUCUAGAUUUGUGUUGCUAGAGGUACACUAUAAUAACCCACAGCUGACCCAAGGUAUGAAAGAUUCGUCUGGUAUCCGUUUGUAUGUUACAAGUAAACUGAGAAAAUUUGAUUCGGGGAUAAUGGAGCUGGGGUUGGAAUACACAAACAAAAUGGCGAUUCCUCCAAACCAGAACUUGUUUUCUCUGACAGGAUACUGUAUCGCGGAUUGCACACGAACUGCGUUACCAAGAACAGGCAUACACAUAUAUGCUUCUCAAUUGCACACGCAUAUGACAGGGAAACGUGUAUACACAAAGCAUGUCAGGAAUGGAAAAGAAUUACCAGAACUGAAUAGAGACAAUCAUUAUAGUCCACAUUUUCAAGAGAUAAGAAGACUACAAGAACCGGUCGUUGUUUUACCAGGAGACAGUCUUAUAACUACAUGUGAGGAUAGUACACUUGAUAGAGAGAACAUCACAUUAGGUGGCUUUUCUAUCAAAGAAGAAAUGUGUGUGAACUAUAUUCACUACUACCCAGCAGUUGAUUUAGAAGUCUGCAAGAGUUCUGUCGACUCAGACGCCCUUCAGGCAUUCUUUAGGUUUAUGAAUAAACGUUACAAAGAUAACACGUCAUCGACGCAAAACGUUGCAGAAAACUACCAGUCCAUUAAAUGGUCUGAUCGAGCAAGUCAGAUGUUGAGCACUUUUUACGAUAUCGCACCAUUAUCGAUGCAAUGUAAUCGAUCAGACGGAACCCGAUUCCCAGGCGACUGGAAUAAUGAAGACAUUCCAAUUAUAACACUACAAAUCAAAGCACAGCGUGACAGUUGUUGAACACCCUAGCAAGUCAAUGUUUUACUUGCCCAAUGUAAUAAAUGACUCUACACAUA